AUGAUAGUUGUGAGCCCUGGGAAGUCAGUGAAGCUGAAUUGCACCUCGACAGCUACUGGAGAUCCCUAUAUGUAUUGGUAUAGGCAGCCGAUGACCGGAGGGGCUCUUGUGUCUAUAGUCAGAUCUGUUGGGAAAGGUUCGGUCACAGAGCUGACAGUCACCCAUUUUAAAGCCGAGAGAAACAAGGACAAAGAAGCUGAAUUCACCUUGGAAAGCGAUGAGAUUCAGGCUGAAGAUGCAGGGCUCUAUUACUGUGCGUGGAGUACCACAGAUGUAUAA